AUGGGCGCGCCCACAGCAGCCGGCGACAUGUCGCCACGUUCAAUCCAGCUGUCAUCGGAGCCGCCGCUCUACGCAUACAAGCAGUUAAUUGUUGUGAUCGUGCUGUCAGCAGUGGCGAUCGUCGUCACGGCGCCCUGCACACCCAACGGCUCCGCCCUAUGGUUCCUGGCGUUUUUCACCAGCAUCAACCUGUUCAAUGCCUUCGGCCAGGCGGCGCGAAUGAUCAGCGCUGUUCGCAAGCUGCGCGCCCGCGUGCUGCCACACUCGUCUGGCAGCGACGCGUUCCUGGGCGACGCCAGUGGUGUUGUCAGCAUCGCCUGUGGGAGCUGCUGCGGUGGCAGGCCGGCGCCUGCAUGUGGCUGUGGCAAUCAGUGCGGCGACGACACAUCUUACUUGCUGCUGCGCGUGGACGACGCGCCGGCAUGGCGCCAUGUUUUUGUGAUCCCAAACUUCCGUGAAGACUUGGAGGUGCUGGCCGCCACGCUUGACCGCCUCGCAUCGCACCGCCACGCAACCCACUAUACCAUCCUGCUGGCGAUGGAGGAGAAGGAGGCUGCGGCAGAGCGCAAGGCGGUGCAGCUGCAGGAGCGCUUUUGCCUUCGCUUCAAGGCCAUCCUCUUCACGCUGCACUCCCUUGAUCCCGUCAACGAGAUGCCCGGCAAGGCCUCAAACGUCAACGCGGCCGUCCGCCAGUUUGCGGCGGCUGUGCCGCCCUCGGACCACGCGCGCUAUCUGCUGACCAUCAUGGACGCGGACGCGCUGGUGCCGCCCGCUUACGUGACACAGCUCGAGGCCACCACGGCCGACGUGGGCAGCAGCGCGGCCGACCAUGUGUAUGCGGCACCAGUGCUAUUUGAGCAGAACGGCGCGGAGGUGCCGAGCCUCGUGCGCGUCACCGACUUUACCUGGGCAGCACUUGCAAUGCAAAACCUCAACAACUGGACAGGGGUGGGGUUCCCCAUCUCCAAUUACAGCCUGUCGCUGGCCCUGGCGACCUCCAUGGGCUACUGGGACACGUGGCCGGAUGCCAUUGGCGAGGACAUGCACACCUUCAUCAAAGCCUACUCCAAGACACAUGGUUCGGCGCGGCUCUACCCCAUAUUCGCCCCAAUCAACAUGGGGCACGUCAACGCAGACGGUUUCUUUGCCAGCUGCAAGGCGCGCUUCACGCAGUCUGAGCGUCACAUGCGCGGCAUCGCUGACACGGCCUAUUCACUGCGGGAGCUGGCGAGCGGCAGCAUGCCUUGCAACUGGCGAUCGCUCAUGGUCUUGUUUGGGUGCUGGGAGGCGCACCUCGUAUCCACUGUGUCUCUGAUCUCCUACAUAUUUUUGCCCAUGCUGUACGGCGCCCUGGGCACGCUGGGUGUGCCCUGCUACAACCACCCGCUGCAACGUGCCGUCAUCGACGGCAUGGGGCGCGCGAACCUGCUGCUGAUGGUCACAGUGCUGGUGUGCUUUGAGGUGACCCGCAACACAUGCCGGCGCCACCUGUACGGCAUGCGGAGUCCCACGAUCCCCCACACCCUGCACGGCGUGGUGGUGCACGUGGCUUCAUACCUGUGGCUCUUCAUCGGAGUGUGGCUCUACACUGUGGUGCCAAUGCUGCUGCUGCUGCUGUUGCGGCUGCUGCGGCUGCUGCGGCUGCUGCGGCGGCUGCUGAUGCUGCUGUGGAGGCAGCCGACUGUGCUGCUGACGCCGUUGCUUGUUGUUGUGCUGGCAUCCUCAAUCAAUUGA